AGGGAGGGGGAAUUGAGUCACACGCAGCUUGUCGCACAUUCAGUGACUCGGCUCGGGAUUGGCGCUGACCGGACAGCUCCAGAGAGAACCGUGUGAGGCCGCGGUGUACGGUGUGAGGAGAGGCCCCGGGAGGGGGCGCUUCACCCCUCUCCUCCUCCUUUGUUGUUGUUAUUAUUAUUAUCCCCGGGGGCUGAGCCGGGCCUCCUCCACUCCGUCCCUCCCCGCCCCCACCACUGUCACCCGAAUGAUGAGCCGGCCUGAGCCCGGGGACGAUCCAUGCGGCCCCCUCCUUCCCUAGGAUGUCAUCCGAGGACAAGAGCCUAGAGUCCGCCUGUGAGCAGCCCGGGCCCCCGACCCCAGCCAGCCCGCCUGCCCCCACCGACAAAAGACCCCGGGGCCGCCCCCGCAAAGAUGGAGUCCGCAAGAAGCCUCGGACUAGAGGAAAAGCCGCGUUGGAGGAUGAAGAUAGUAUGGAUGGACUUGAGGCAGCAGAACCUGAAAACUCUGCAGACACAGACAUUAAAGAAAAACCUGUGGAAGAGGGUGCCCAGACCGAAGCAACGGACGCUGAGCAGCUAACACCCAUCCUCCAGCGCUCUUUAUCCGAGGAGUCUGAGCCCUCCACUGCCUCUGUGGGAGUUGAAGCCAAAAGCAGUGAACAACUUUGUGCGUUCUGUUACUGUGGUGAAAGGAGUCUCUUGGGACAAGGGGAAUUAAAACAUUUCGGUCCAUCUCCCGACUUUAUCCUGCCAUGGAAAACACUGACUGAGAAAAAAGAUCCUGAUGGCAGUGAUGAGAUUUUCAAAGCCACCGGAAAGACAACAAAACGAGCGCAUCGAAAACUAAAAUCUCCACAACAUAAUGUCACAUAUGCAAGUGUGGGAACCCAAACCGCAUCGGAAGAACAAGGCAGUAAAUUUUGGGAUGAAUUGUGUCAAGUUGGCCUGACCGACGAUGUCCACAUCCAGUCCUUUUUCGAGCCAACAGGUCACUGUUGGGCUCAUUACCGCUGUGCUGAGUGGUCACCAGGAGUGCACCAAACUGCAGAUCGGGAGCUGGUCAAUGUGGACAAAGCGGUUGUCUCAGGGAGCACAGAACGAUGUGCAUACUGUAAGCACCUUGGAGCUACAAUCAAAUGCUGUGAAGAGACAUGUUCGCAGAUGUACCAUUACCCCUGCGCUGCUGGAUCUGGCGCCUUUCAGGAUCUCACUUGCUUUUCUCUGCUUUGCCCAGAGCACAUCGAUCAGGCUCUUGAGCGUUUUAAGGAUGAAACUAACUGUGCACUGUGUGACAGCUCUGGAGACCUGCUGGAUCAGCUCUUUUGCACAACUUGUGGUCAGCAUUACCAUGGGAUGUGUCUGGAGGUAGUGGUGACCCCUUUAAAACGUGCUGGCUGGCAAUGCCCGGACUGCAAAGUCUGUCAAAACUGCAAGGACUCUGGCGAUGACACCAAGAUGCUUGUCUGUGACACUUGCGAUAAAGGUUACCAUACGUUUUGCUUGCAGCCAGUUAUGGAAUCUGUACCAACAAAUGGUUGGAAGUGUAAGAACUGUAGGAUAUGUGCAGAAUGUGGUACCCGGACCAGUCACCAGUGGCACCUGAACUGUUUGAUAUGUGACAGUUGUUUCCUGCAGCAAAUUAGCAUACCUUGCCCACUUUGUGACAAGCCUCUCCAGCCAGAACUGCAGAAAGACAUGCUUCAUUGUCAGAUGUGCAAAAGGUGGAUACAUCUAGAAUGUGAAAAAUGUGCAGAUUAUGCAGAUGAUCCACUGAAGGAUGAAUACAUCUGUCCGAUGUGCAAACAGCUGGAGCCAGAGGAUGAUGGAGGGGAAGAAUGCAUUGAGAUGGAGGUUGCAGAAUCAGAUGCAUUUUGCACAGAUGAGAGGAUACAGGUGGAUACAGGUGGAAAAAAUACAUUUCAAGGUGAAGCACUUAAUCACAAUGAUAUUGUUCCAGAUGCAGCAGCUGUGUGUCUUGAUGACGAUGCAACAGAGAAUGAUGUCACACUGGAUAUGGAAAGCAAGACAGCCAUUAAAGCAGACAUGGACAGUAUGGAUGUGUCCCCUUCAGAAACGGCACACAUGCUGUCCAAUGACAGGACAGAGAAGGCUGAAUCUGAAAAGAUCAUGUCACCUCAUCAGCCACUGUGUCUUCAAUCAGAAGAAAAUCGUCUUCAUCCACAAGAAUCGCCGACUUCACCCAGGAACAUAUGUGAUUCACAAACCUUUUCACAUGUCCCAGAGAAUUCUUGUAAAUCACCUUGCAAUGUCAAAUGCACAGAUGAUGCUUAUGUACAGUUAGAUGAGCACUUUGAUUUGGACAGAGGCCAUGAUCACAUUUCAACAAAAAAAGAGGAUCCUCUCAUUUUGGAAAACUUGGACGUUCAAGACAUGGAAGCUACUCCAAACAGUGAGACAUCUACAGAAAUGAGCUCACCCUUAGAACUCAAACUUCUCAAGUCUCCCACAGGAAUGGAUUCCCCUGCCACCUCUGUUGACACUAGUAAGACCAGCGUGUCAUCCUCACCAGCAGUAUCUAUUGACUUUCAUUCUUCGAAUGAGCUGUUUCAAAGUCAAACUCCGGCACAUAGUUUUAGCACAGCAAAUGCCUUUUCCACCACAUUUAUAUCCGUAACACCAAAAAUUGGCAUGGGUAAGCCAGCUAUUACCAAAAGGAAGUUUUCUCCUGGUCGGCCGAGAUCUAGACAGGCUUCUUGGAGUACCCAUAAUACAGUGAGCCCACCUUCCUGGUCAGCUGAUGGCUCAGAAGGUUGGGACACUUUUAAAUCCAGACAGCUUCUCGGCAAUCCAUUAUGGAGCAUCAAAGUGGGUCGAGGCUCCGGAUUCCCGAGGAGGAGACCAAGAGGUUCUGGACUCUCUGGCCGUGGAGGAAGAGGCCGAUCUAAAUUAAAAGCAACUAUAGGCAACUAUAUAUUUCCAGGGAUAACCACAAUUGAUCUUUCAUCAUACAAGGAGGAGGAAGAAACCUCAAUGCACAACACAGUUGUUUUAUUUUCCACAAGCGACAAGUUCACCUUGCAUCAGGAUAUGUGCCUGGUGUGCGGUAGUUUUGGUAAAGGUGCUGAAGGAAGACUACUUGCGUGCUCACAGUGUGGGCAAUGCUACCAUCCAUACUGUGUCAAUAUUAAGAUAAGUAAAGUCAUCCUUCGUAAAGGCUGGAGGUGUUUGGAGUGCACAGUGUGUGAGGCCUGUGGUAAGGCCACAGAUCCUGGCCGACUGCUGCUCUGCGAUGAUUGUGACAUUAGCUACCAUACCUACUGCCUGGAUCCACCCUUACAGACUGUCCCUAAAGGAGGAUGGAAGUGUAAAUGGUGUGUGUCAUGUAACAACUGCAAAGCAAUAACACCAGGGCUGCGGUGUGAAUGGCAGAACAAUUACACACAGUGUGCUCCAUGUGCUAGUUUGUCUACCUGCCCAGUGUGUGGCCAGAACUACAUAGAAGAUGAAAUCAUUCUCCAAUGCAGGCAGUGUGACAGGUGGUCUCAUGGCACCUGCCAGACACUGAACACAGAGGCAGAGGUAGAGAGUGCAGCCGAUGGUGGAUUUGACUGUGCUAUGUGUAAGCCAUUCGUAAUACCAGCUCAAGAAGAAAUUGAAUCUCCAGUUGAUGCCCAGAUUGUUCCAAAAAUUAGAGAACCUGAUGUAUUCAAAACCUUCACCCAGGAUGGAGUGUGCUUGACAGAGUCUGGACUUUCACAGUUACAAAGCUUAACCAUCACAGCACCAAGGAGGAGGAGAUCAAAACCAAAGUUAAAAUUAAAAAUUAUCAACCAGAACAGCGUAGCGGUUCUCCAGACACCUCCGGACCCUCAGUCUGAGCUUUCACGUGAUGGGGAAAUGGAUGAUAGUAGAGAGGGAGAUCUUAUGGACUGCGAUGUGAAGUCUGACUCUAGUCCUGAGCGAGAACCUAUUGAGGAUGGGUUGCAGGGUGCAGAAGUGAUGGAUGGAAUUAAGAAAAGGAAAAGAAAACCAUACAGACCUGGUAUUGGUGGAUUUAUGGUGCGCCAAAGAAGCCGAACAGGUCAAGGGAAAUCCAAGAGAUCUCUUUCCAGAAAAGAUUCUUCUGGCUCAGUUUCUGAACUUGUGCCAGGCAAAGAUGAUGCCUGGAAUGAGCAACUGCCUGAUACUCCAAUGGAUCAAUUGGCUCCUAGCUCCGAGAACACAGAAAAAAUUAGGAAGCGUUACCGGAAAAAGAAAAACAAACUUGAGGAAACCUUUCCAACAUAUCUGCAGGAAGCUUUUUUUGGGAAAAACCUUUUGGAUACCAGUCGACAAAACAAGCCGAGUGUUGAGAAUUUGUCUGAGGAUACCGCUCACCUGCCGUACAAAGCCAACCUUAAUUCUACCUUUCUGGAUCCAUCAUCUGACCCCCUGCUUAGCUCUGCUGCAACACCCUCCAGAGCCACAAAUGAAAAUGUAUUUAGCUGGGAAAAAAGAAAACGACUGCAGCCGCCACCACAUCUAAGGACUGGUUGUUCUCAGGAUCCUCUAGCAGAUUUGUCUGAAGUUCUGAACACAGAUGACGACCUUUUUGGUAUUCUUUCUGAUGAUCUUUCGAAAACAUCAACUCAUACUGGUCUUGAUUUAUGCCCUUUCCAGGUUGAGAAUUCAUCUUCUCCUUUUGCUGGACUUGAUGUAGGUACAAUGUCGGAUGAUUCAUCAUCGAUGCCUCAAGCCAGUGGUCCCCAGAGCUCUCGGCCAUUAUGUGAGGAUCAACUAGAUGGGAUUCUCAGCCCAGAACUAGACAAAAUGGUUACAGAUGGUGCAAUUUUGGGAAAACUGUAUAAAAUUCCAGAACUUGAAGGAAAAGAGGUUGAAGAUUUAUUUACUGCUGUGCUGAGUCCUGUAGCCACCCAUCCGCCAUCUUUGCCACAACCGCCACCACCUUCAGCUCAUCCUCAUCCUCCACAUACACAGCUCUUGCCUUUGCAAAACCAGGGUGAUGGUCUUUUUCCAAGAAUGCCGAUUGUGAAUGGCUUGUUGCCACCCAAUCCUCACUUAUCACACAAUCCUCUUGGCCCUGGACGUGGACUCGGCCCUUUCCCUCCCUUAACACAACCGUCAUUUUCAGACAACAGGGAUAAGAACGCGUCAUACCAUGGCCUAGUAAACGACCCCACAAAUGUGUGGCCAGCACCGGCGCCAGUUAUGGAGCCAGAGGGAGACACCAUGUCCAGUGCCCAAAGGAGUACACAGAAAUGGGAGAAGGAAGAAGCUCUUGGAGAGAUGGCAACUGUGGCCCCUGUUUUAUAUACCAAUGUUAAUUUCCCACACUUAAAGGAGGAGUUUCCAGAUUGGUCUACACGAGUGAAGCAAAUUGCAAAACUCUGGAGGAAAGCCAGCUCGCAAGAAAGAGCCCCAUAUGUGCAAAAAGCCAGGGAUAACCGUGCCGCACUGCGAAUCAACAAAGUGCAAAUGUCAAAUGACUCGUUAAAGCGCCAACAGCAUGAGAUCAUCGACCAGAGCACCCGAAUUGAUUCUGAUCCAUUCAAAGAUCCCUUAAGGCAGAGAGAGUCUGAGCAUGAAGUGGAGUGGAAGUAUAGACAGCAAAUGCGUCAGAAAAGCAAACAGCAGGCGAAGAUCGAAGCAACCCAAAAACUUGAGCAAGUAAAAAAUGAGCAGCAGCAGCAGCAGCAGUUUGGCUCCCAACAUCUGAGUCAGUCAGGAAGUGAUACUCCAAACAGUGGCAAUCAGAGCCCUUUAACACCUCAGAACAGUGGCAAUGUGUCCCCAGUUCAGCAGACCUUUGGUAAAGAUGUAUUUACUAAACAGACGUUGCCUGGAGCACCUGCAUCAUUCUCAGAUGAUGUUUUUCUGAAACCGCAAGCUCCACCUCCCACACCCACUAGAAUGCACUUGCAGGAUCCUCAACCACAUUCACCCCAGAUGUUUUCUCCUGGAUCAUCAAAUUCUAGACCAUCAUCUCCCUUUGAUCCUUAUGCUAAAAUGGUAGGGACACCAAGACCUCCACCUACUAGUCAGAAUUUUCACAGAAAGAACUGUGGGUCACCCAUGGAUAUUUGUCUUCCUAGACACUUACCUGGGAGUGAGUCCUCUGAUGCUAGGCCAUCUCCCAUAAGGGACUCUUGUUCAUCCCCUUCCAGCACUGAUCCCUUAUUAAAGAUGGGAGAUGUUCAAAAGAACAUAGUCCCAGCUGAUCCCUUUUCUAAGCCAUUAGGCCUUUCAAGAUUGUCUCACAACACAGACCAGAUGAUGGAUGGUUCGCUGGGUCCAGUAAACAGUGACUCUUUUACAAAGCAUUCUUCAAGAUCUGAAAUAUAUCAAAGACCACAAAUACCAACAAAAGUUGAUCCCUAUUCAAGACCUCCUCUCACCCCUACAUCAGGUGUUUCACCUGGCAGCCCUGCACCUUUUAAAACUCCUUUGCGCCCACCUCAGUCGCCACAAGAAUCUUACAAUUUACUACCCACAACACCACGACGUAUUUCUACAGACCCAUAUGAAAGACAUGUUUUGACUCCAAGACCUGCUGAAACUUUUUCACAUGAUCCUUAUAAUCAAGCACCUCAUAGUAAUCGUACUAUGAAUGAACCAUUUGCAAAUCCCCCUAGACUAAUGCGACAGCAUAGUGAUCCUCAGUCAGCCUCUUUGUCACGUUCAAAUGUCCAGGAUCCAUAUGCUCAGCCUCCAGGAACUCCACGUCCAACAAAUAACCCAUAUUUAAAAUCACCGACCUCCUCAAGACCUACAGCAGUGGACCCUUAUCUUCAACAACCCCCUACUCCAAGACCACCUGUGCAAGCAAUGGAUCCAUAUAGUCAGCCUCCAUCUACUCCCAGGCCAGUUAUGGGAGAUGUAUUUAUUCAGCCAUCUAUGAAUAAGAGACACCAUGAUUCCUUUGCAGCUUCACCUAUAAGGAAUAGCAUGGAUCCAUACUUGCAGCAACCGGGAACACCAAGACCAGCACCUUCAGAUUCAUAUGUGCAGCUGUCUAAUACACCAAGGCCUAUGCCUUUAGAUCCUUAUUCGCAGCCGCCUUCAACCCCAAGGCCAAUUUCAUCCGAUAUCUAUGCUCAGUCACCUGCAACUCCAAGGCCAGUACCUUCCGAUCCAUAUGCCCAGCAACCUGCAACUCCAAGGCCACCGCCAUCAGAUCCCUACUCUCAACCACCUGGAACUCCCCGACCAGCUCCUUCAGAUCUGUAUGGACAACCACCAGCAACUCCAAGGCCAGCCCCCUCAGAUCAGUACUCUCAGCCACCUGCAACCCCAAGGCCAUUGUCUUCAGAUUCCUAUGCUUUGCCACCUGGCACCCCAAGGCCAAUGCCUUUAGAUCCCUAUUCCCAACCUCCUAGUACUCCACAGCCAGUACUUGCAGACCCUUAUUCUCAGCCCCCUGGAACACCAAGACCUCUUCCCACAGACUCUUAUUCUCAACCUAAUCGAACGCCCAGGCAUGUCUUUUCUGACCCUUAUGCUCAGCAACCAAGAACUCCAAUGCCCAGUGGACCUGAAAACUUUAAUCGUUCAUCAGUGGUUCGUUCAGUGUUGAUAUCCAACCAAGAGUCAUUUCUGCAGAAUACACAAAGCAGGGGAGCCCCUUUUAGCAGAAUAUCCGAGGGAAACUCCCAAAAUUCCCGACUAACAGGCCCAAGCCCAGUAGACUUUUUUAGUCAUACGUCAUCUGGCCCGAACCAGGACCCCUAUGAUCAUCCUCCAGGGACACCUCAUAUACAGACGGGGGAAGGAUUUGGGGAUCCCCAUGAUAUUGGUGAUCACCAAAGAACUUUUACAGAGGAAACAUUUAGUGGGUCUUCCAAUAUUGCAGCAAGCCCUCAAGGUCAGCAGUUUGGUAAUAUGCCACAAUUGCCUGGCUUAUCAGAUGCUCAGAAUUCAUUAAACCUACCUAUGGCAGAAUCUGAAGAAAAAGCAAGACAGCGUCAAAAAUUGAGGGAGAUGCUACUAAGACAGCAGCAAACCAAGAAUGCUGUUCGACUUGAGAAGGUGUCGGAUCCAUUGCAGAUGACUCAAGGCGCACACCCCACCCAGUGGCAGCAAGAAAGUCCACAUAGGCAACAUGAGGUCUUUAACAGACCUCCACCUCCUUAUCCUGGAAAUAUAAGAGCCUCAAUAAGUCAUAACGGGCACCCACGAUUUUCUGCUUUCCCCAAAGAGCAGCGUACUCAAUUCCUUGGUAAUGCCCAGUUUAACAGACCGCCGUUCACUGGAGAUAUUAACAUUGCUAUGAGACCACCUCCUGGUCACAGAUUUGUCUAUCCCAUGUCUGGACCUGGUCCUCUCUCUGGUCAUGAGCCCUUUAUGGGUCCUCCCUUACAGAUGCAAGUUACUGUAAUGCCUCAGCAGAUGAGAAGAGACAUGUCCAUGGAGCUGUCUCGGUCCUUAAGCAGCACACACAUAAAUAAUCCUGCUGGACUCCCUCCACAAUUUCCUCAACAGGCAAUGCCUGUUCAGCAGCAUAAUAUAUCAGGUCAGGCAUACAUUGAGCUCCGCCAUAGGCCUCCAGAUAGCAGACCACGAAUUCUUUUAGGGCCACCACCUAAUAUGAUGGACCCAUCAGCACAACAUCAGAGACAUAUAAGUUAUUUUUCAAAGCCAGAAUUUCAAGGCCCAAGACUUAUGGAGCAAGUGCGAGUUCAACAUCCAGGUCUGUCUAAUCAUGUCCAAGUUCCUCCAGGCUUGGAACACCUAAUUUCUACAGAGCAGCACUCUCUUAUGAUGCAUGGAGUUGAUGAAACUCAAACCAAUGAGCAUUAUCUACAUACAUCAUUGUCUGAUGAUAACAUGGGGAAAGAAACAAGAGGUCUUCCACUUGAAAGUUCUGAUGCCAGUGGUUUGGAUGAAAAGCUGGAUCCUGAUGAUCCUUCUGAAAAAGAUCUUGAUGUAAAAGAUUUAGAUGGGGUUGAAGUCAAAGAUUUAGAUGAUGAAGAUCUUGAAAACAUAAACCUGGACCCAGAUGAUGCAAAAGGAGAUGACCUUGAUGGACUGGAUACUUUAGAAACAAAUGAUCCUCAGCUUGAUGAUCUCCUAAGAUCAGGGAAAUUUGAUAUCAUUGCUUACACAGAUCCAGAGCUUGAUCUUGGGGAUAAGAAAGAUAUGUUUAACGAGGACCUUGAUCUCGGUGUACCAAUUGAUGAUAAAUUGGAACUGCAAUGCAAGCCUGAAGAGGAAAAAAGUGGUGAAGAAAUUGCUAAAAUAUCUUCUCCUGGACCUGCUUUGUCAGAGACGGCUACAACUGUUGACAGCGAAAUGAAACCGGUAUUACAGUCACCAACAGAUAAAGCAUUAGAUGUUAAAUCUGAAGUAGCAGUAGCCUCUACUGCACCUGAGCAACCAAAAGAUGUUGUCUCAGCACCAUCAACUAACAGUGACCAGUCAGAAAAAAGUGAGAGAGAGAAUGUGCCUAUAUCUGAACAUCCUAGUGACCCAGUGCCGCUGCCUGCUCCAGAUGCUGCAAGUGCUUGUGGCAUGCCGGAAUCUGUUCCAAUGCUUACCAACUUGUUAACCAGUGAGAGUUCAGAGCUGGAUAAAUUAGACUCUCCACCAGGGAUCAUAACUGUAUCUCAGCCUAAUUCGGUGCCAGUUAUUUCUCAGAGUUUAAUAACUGCUUCUAAUCAAGUGAUAGAGCCACCUUUAAAUCAAAGUAUGGGACCAAGACCUAACCAAGGCUUUGCUCAGGAGUCCCCAUCAAACUCUGAAUUUUUCCCGGGUCAGCAAAGUGGCCAUAAUUUUGUUCCAGGAGACCCCUUAAAUCAAUGCCCUUCUGGUAUGCAAACUGCACAACAAUUAAUGCUUCAACAGAGUCGAGAGAGACCACUCCUUCUGGAAGAACAGCCUCUCUUAUUGCAAGACCUUCUCGAUCAAGAAAGACAAGAGCAGCAACAGCAGAGGCAGAUGCAAGCUAUGAUCCGCCAGCGUUCAGAGCCUUUUUUCCCCAACAUUGAUUUUGACGCAAUCACUGAUCCUAUAAUGAAGGCAAAAAUGGUGGCUCUGAAAGGCAUCAACAAAGUAAUGGUGAAUACCAUGGGGAUGUCACCAAUGGUCAUAAACAGAUUUCCCUUCGUGGGACAGCAGGCCCCAGGCACACCGCUGAUGGAAGCUCAGAACGUUGCUCCCCCUUCUGUCCCACAGGAUGGAAACAUAGCACCACAAAUGAUUAGACCCAAUCCUCCAAAUUUCGGUCCAGGAUUUGUCGAUGACUCUCAAAAGAAACAAUAUGAAGAGUGGCUCCAGGAAACUCAGCAACUUCUUCAAAUUCAACAGAAAUUUCUAGAAGAACAGAUUGGAGCUCAUAGAAAAUCUAAAAAAGCCCUUUCAGCUAAACAGAGAACGGCAAAGAAAGCUGGGCGUGAAUUUCCAGAGGAGGACGCUGAACAGCUGAAACAUGUUACUGAGCAGCAGAGCAUGGUGCAAAAGCAGCUGGAAACGAUCCGAAAACAACAAAAAGAACACACAGAACUUAUUGAGGAGUACAGGAACAAGCAACAACAAUUUUCAGUUGCGCCUCUAAUGCCUGGAGUUCCACCGCAGCAAGCACUCAUGACUGCAGGACCACCACCACCUAUUAACCAACCAAACUUUCAAAUUCCACAAGCACUACACCCACCAGGACCAACGAUGCCAGGCCAGCCUUCACAGCCAAGAAUGCCAGGAUGGCAGCCUCCCCAUACUCCUAAAAACCUUGCACAUCCACCAAGGAUGCAACGUCCAGCUGGUUCUGAAGUAGCAGCCCCUGCUGCUCAUGACAAUCCCAAUGCUCCACCAAGGGUUGAGUUUGAUGACAACAACCCCUUCAGUGAAACUUUCCAAGAGAGGGAACGUAAAGAAAGACUGAGAGAGCAGCAAGAGCGGCAAAGAAUACAGCUCAUGCAAGAGGUAGAUCGUCAACGAGCAAUAAAGCAAAGAAUGGAAAUAGAACAGCAAGGCAUGGUUGGUUCAGACCUAAAUAACAGACCAUUGUCACAGAUGCCUUUCUUUGCCUCUGAAUUACCAAACGACUUUAUGUCAGUUCCACAGCCUCUUCAGCAAUCUCCACAGCAUCAAGCACAAAUGGGACAUGUUAUGCCCCACCAAAGCAUGGGAAACUCUCCUCCCACUGUACCUUUUAUACAGAGCACAGGUAAAAGGUCAUUAGGGCUCUCUCCUUAUGGACAAGAGUCUCAAACAGGCUUUCCACAAGCAUCAUGUCAACCCACAUUUAUGCCAAACGUCACCUCGGCAUCACCUGUUGCUGAUAGUGGAUGUUCUAUUGGACAUGACAGGCCAGUAAGUGCCACAGGUUUUCAAAGUCCAAGUCAAUCCCUUAUACAGUUGUACUCUGAAAUCAUUCCAGAAGAGAAAGGAAAGAAGAAAAGGCCACGAAAGAAGAAAAAAGAGGAAGACGCUGACUCGUUAAAGUCUCCACCCUCAACGCCGCGGUCUGAUACUACAGCUCCACUGACUCCAAGUAUCUCAGAGGCAUCAACACCAACUGUUACUGUCCCUAAUAAUGAUAGUUCUCAAGGAGAACAUGUGGCUGACCUAAUACGUUCCUCUACACCAAAUACUGCAAACAGCAACUCUGUUGAAUUAGAAGAUCCUCUUGUCACUAAAGAUGUGAAAGGAGCAUUUGAGAAACCCAGGGUGGAGGAAGAAAAUGGUCAGGCAGACCCGAAAGUAGAACGUAACAUUCAGGAAAUAAAACUGGAGAAUACAGAAGGAGAUCCGUCUCCACAGCAAGCUGACCCAAAGGUGAACAAUUCAUCAGUGUCGCUAAAGACUGAAGAAGCCACAUUGCACAAUGCACUUUUAAUGGAACCCGACUCUUACCCUGUCUCUGGACCCUCAGGAAAACUGGAAUCUGGCAAUGAAUUACUAAAACAUUUGCUCAAAAACAAGAAACAGCCUGUCAUGUUGCAACAGAAGUCUGAGGAAUCUUUACAAUCAGAUGAAUAUCCCGUUGACAUAAAGUCUGCUGGAAAGCAAGCAGAUGCACUGCACCCCUCAGAAAAUAAGGAGCUGGUCAAUUUUAAUAUUAACCAGAACCCGCUCUCAAGAACUGAUUUUGAUACGGAGAAGAAGAAACCAAGGAAUAAGAGGGUUCAGAGAAAUACAGACAAGGCUGCUACCCCUCGCUCUAAGAAAAGGAAGAAGGAAGAGGAGCAGAAACCCUCUAUAUUUGCCUCUUCUGAGACUUUCACGCAUAUAAAACAGCAACUCUCUCUACUUCCUCUAAUUGAGCCAAUUGUGGGAAUGAACUUUGCACAGUUUCUUCCUUAUGGCACUGGCCCAAUAAGUGCUGGUAGUCGUCUUCUAGGGACCUUCGGCUGUGCCUCCCUUGAUGGUGUUUCGGAUUAUUAUUCCCAGUUGAUUUUCAAGCAAAAUAAUCUCAGUAAUCCACCCACACCUCCAGCCUCUUUGCCACCAACUCCCCCUCCAGUGGCCUGCCAGAAGAUGGUGAAUGGUUAUGCCACCACUGAAGAGCUGGCAGGAAAAGCUGCUAUUCUUGGAGGACAUGUUACCAAAGCUCUGGGACCCAAACAAUUCCACCUGCCUUUCAGGUCCCAGGAUGAUCUUUUGGCUAGAGCCAUAACUCAGGGACCUAAAUCAGUGGAUGUCCCAGCUUCAUUACCCACACCACCUCACAAUAAUCAGGAGGAGUUGAGGGUUCAGGAUCACUGUGAUGCCAGGGACAGUCCUGACAGCUUUGUGCCCUCCUCUUCUCCUGAGAGUGUGGUUGGAAUGGAAAUUAGCAGAUACCCGGAUUUGUCACUAGUGAAAGAGGAGCCUCCAGAUCCAGCACCAUCCCCUAUCAUUCCAAUGCUUCCCAGCAGCACAGGAAAAGGAUCUGAGGCCAGGGACAAUUGUAUGAAGAGAGAACCUGGUACCUUUUUUUUUGGCUCACACUUUAGCCAUGCACCAAAUGGGCCUAAACCUGACCUGAUAUCCGUGGCAAUCACCCUGCACCCUGCUGCCGCUGAGAACAUCAGCGGGGUAGUUUCAGCCUUUGCAGAUCUUCUACAAGUCCACAUUCCCACCAGCUAUGAAGUGAGCAGCGCUCCAGACUCUUCUGUCAUCCUAAUGAAUGGACACAGUAUGCACUCUAGCAUGGAGUACCGACAUCAGCUGUUACGCCAUCGUUCCAGGCCUGGCAUUAUACCACCGGCCAGGCUUAUUGGACCUUAUGCCAUGAAGACCCACCACUUACCUUUCAUGCCAAAUAAUGGUAUGCCAGGAUAUAGGCACCACCCCCCCAGUUUGGGAGAUUCUGCAGUUCUUAGACCAUCAUGGUGCUGUCAUUGCAAGGUUGUGGUCCUGGGAAGCGGUGUCCGAAAAUCUAUGAAGGAUCUCCGUUUUCUUAAACGGGAGUUUCUUCCCAGCCCUGGACAGAUAGAUGGUGAGCUUGUCUUCUGCAGCAACAACUGCUUUUUGCUGUAUUCUGCAGCACAGGCCAAGUGCAGUGAAAACAAGAAUCAGGACCGUUCCUUAACUCUUCCGUUGUUAAAGGAACCACAACCAAAGUCUUGCCAUCAGUACAGUAACAACACUUCCACCCUGGAUGUUCAUUGCCUUCCUCUGCUGCAGGAGAAGACCUCACCACCUUCAUCUCCUCCUAUAUCUUUUCCUCCAGCUACUUUUGAAACGGCUAAAGUCGAGGCAAAGCCAGAUGAACUGAAAGUCACUGUAAAGUUAAAGCCGCGGCCCAGAGCUGUGCACAGUGGUUUCGAUGAUUCCCGUCCUGUCAGUAAGAAAUGGAGAGGAAUGAAGUGGAAGAAAUGGAAUAUUCAGAUAGUUAUUCCCAAGAUGCCUUUCAAGUCUCAGUGUGAAGAUGAUAUAGAUGAUUUUUUGAAAAAGCUGGGGACAUCACUAAAGCCAGUUCCAAUGCCCAAAGAUUUUAGAAAAUGUUGUUUCUGCCAUGAAGAAGGUGAUGGAAUGACAGAUGGACCCGCAAGGCUUCUCAACCUUGACCUUGACCUUUGGGUCCACUUAAACUGUGCUCUUUGGUCUACUGAGGUCUAUGAGACACAGGCUGGUGCCUUAAUAAAUGUGGAACUGGCAUUAAGACGAGGUCUGCAGAUGAAGUGUGUAUUUUGUCAUAAAACGGGAGCCACCAGCGGGUGCCACAGGUUAAGGUGCACCAAUAUUUACCACUUCACCUGUGCAAUAAAAGCACAAUGCAUGUUUUUUAAAGACAAAACUAUGCUUUGCCCCAUGCACAAGCCAAAGGGAGCUCAUGAGCAAGAACUGAAUUAUUUUGCAGUCUUUCGUAGAGUUUACGUUCAGCGUGAUGAGGUGCGACAAAUUGCAAGCAUCGUACAGCGCGGUGAACGUGACCACACUUUCCGUGUUGGCAGUCUGAUCUUUCACGCAAUUGGUCAGCUACUGCCACAGCAGAUGCUGGAUUUCCACUCUGCAACAGCGCUGUUCCCAGUGGGAUACGAAGCCAGCAGAUUGUACUGGAGCAUGCGCUAUGCAAACAGACGCUGCCGCUAUCACUGCUACGUUGAAGAGAGCGAUGGAUUGCCAUUGUUUGUCAUCAGAGUAAAUGAACAGGGCCAUGAAGACAUGAUUCUGACUGAUUCUACACCAAAAGGAGUUUGGGACAAAAUUCUGGAACCUGUUGCAAACUGCAGGAAGAAUUCAGAAAUUCUCAGGCUGUUUCCAAUUUACCUAAAAGGCGAAGACCUUUUUGGUUUAACUGUAUCUGCAGUUGUAAGGAUCGCAGAAUCGCUUCCAGGAGUUGAGGCUUGUGAAAAAUACACUUUCCGUUAUGGGCGAAACCCGUUAAUGGAGCUCCCUCUGGCCAUCAAUCCCACUGGGUGUUCCCGCUCCGAGCCCAAGAUGAAUAAUCAUGUCAAGAGGUUCGUGUUAAGGCCUCACACCUUGAACAGCACCAGCACUUCAAAGUCCUUUCAGAGCACAGUUACAGGCGAACUGAAUGCCCCUUACAGCAAGCAGUUCGUCCAUUCUAAAUCCUCUCAGUACCGGAAGAUGAAGACUGAAUGGAAGUCCAAUGUCUACCUGGCUAGGUCUCGGAUUCAGGGCCUGGGUUUAUAUGCUGCUAGAGAUAUUGAAAAGCACACUAUGGUGAUUGAAUACAUUGGAACCAUAAUACGCAAUGAAGUAGCCAAUAGAAAAGAGAAGCUGUAUGACUCUCAGAAUCGUGGUGUAUAUAUGUUCCGUAUGGACAAUGACCAUGUAAUUGAUGCCACGUUAACUGGAGGACCUGCAAGGUAUAUUAACCAUUCAUGUGCGCCUAACUGUGUGGCUGAAAUGGUAACAUUUGAGAAGGGGCAUAAGAUAAUUAUCAGCUCCAAUCGCAGGAUACAAAAGGGUGAAGAGCUCUGUUAUGAUUAUAAGUUUGAUUUUGAAGAUGAUCAGCACAAGAUCCCCUGCCACUGUGGUGCCGUUAACUGCCGGAAAUGGAUGAACUGAAAGCAUUCCUUGCUACUCCAUGGUUUUACUUGUCCCUGAGAUGUGAUUAAACAUGCUGGCAAAAUGAUACAUGUGUGUCUUUAAAACCUGCUUAGCAAGUGAAACUAGAUGCUGCCUAAGGAGGAGGAGGCCGCUGUCACGCCCCUCUGGUGUUCCGACCAGGCAGCUGGUUUCUGAGCGAGUCCAGUGCUUUUGCUUCGUGUUCACUGAAGAAAAUGUUUUACUGGGUCAAGAAACACGUCAGCAAGCGGACAAAUACCUGAAUGUAAGACUGAGAUCACCAGCGAAAGAAGAUGCCCAGCGUGCUGGCCACAGCCUUAUAUGAAAAAAGGGGCAGGCCCUCUAAUAAAGAAAACUAAAUAAAUAAACGUAGACACCACUGAACAAGGAAUGUACUGAAACGACUUCCUUAGGGAUAGAGCUAAGGGAAAAUAACUUGCACUAAAAUACAUUUAAAAUACUUGAUUCCAUGAGUCAGUUUAUUGUAGUUUUUUUUUUUUUAUUUCUGUAAAAUAAGAGAAACUUUUUGUAUUUAUUAUUGGAUAACUGAAUGAAGCUAUUUUUUAAAAGAAAAAAAAAUAGAAGAAAGCCAAGCUGCUGCUGUUACUUGCAGAAUUAACACACAUUAUGUUACUUUGUACAGCUGUGUAAAUAAUUUGAAAAUAUAAUACAAUAUAAAAUAGUGAUUGACCAAAUGCUACCAGACUCUGCAGCAGUUUGGGUGCUAAUUUUGAAAAAAAAAAAUUAAGAUAGGGAUGUUACAAUGUGAUUUUUUUGUAUCAUAUAAGAAUUUAUAUUUUUUGGUUCUUACCAAAAAACAAAAAAAUAAAAAUGAAAAAAAAAGUUCAAGUUUAGAGAAAAUUGUGGUCUUUUUGUUUGAAAUUUGAUGGCAUGUAUUUUUUUCUUUUUGGUUUAACAUUGAUCAAGUUUGGUCCUGCUUGUUUUUGUUUUCACAUUUCAAGUCAAAUUGUAACAUCCCUGUUCUUUUCCAGUCAGGUUCUUUGUGCUUAUAUUUUUUGAUAACUGUGAAUAACUGCUAAAACUACCCAAAUGGAGGGCUCUGCUUUUCUUUUCUUUUUUUCUUUUUUUUUUUUUUUUCCUAUUGGCUUACAUAUAAAAAAAAGGAAAAAACAUGUCAGGUUUAGGUCAUCAGUUAAUGAAUCAUGAGAAAGGAAAAUGAUUCAUGAUAGCAUUUUUGCUAUUAAAUAAAAAAGAUUAAUUGUAGAAUACAGUACUUGCAACUGCAGAACUUUGGAAAAAUUAAUUUAAAACAUUUGUAAGAAUUUUUGUUUACAUUUCUUAAAAAAAGAUACAAGUUGUGCUUGCUUGUAGAAAGUUUGUUUUUGAAUUUUUCUUUUCUUUUUUUUUUUUUUUACUUCAAAUUCCGGUACUGACACUUCACAGGCUGAAUAUAAAAAAAAAAAAAGCUUUUUAUUUGUGUGCACAAUGGAAGUCGACUGUAUGCUCUUGAUCUAUUCAGUCACACAGUCUUGAACUUGUAAUGUAUAUGGCAUGAUGUAUUUUUUAUCGUACAAAAGAAAUGAAUUGUAUAUAUUUUUUUUCUCUUGGUAAAUAGCUGUAUGAAAUUGUUUCUUGAAUAUUUUUCUUCUUGUAAAAUAUCUCAACAUCCUACCAGUAUUUGUCCUACAGUUCAUUUUUUUCUGUCCUGUAAAAUAGUAUCUAAUGUUGGCAAAAAAUGAUUUUUGGAGUAUACAGAGUGUUAUGGGUUUUGGAAUUUGUGGAAGCAGAUUUAGAAGAUCAGCAUUUACAAAUAAAAUAUUUUACAACUAUAA